CUGUGGGCAGAUGCGUUGACCAAGUGCCUGCCUGCUGGACCGUUGGAGAGGUUUCGGAAGGGCAUUGGGCUCUACAGCGAGAAGAAGGAGACGCAGGGAGGAGAGAAUGACCUUAGAGAGGCGGUGGUCAAAGGUGUGGCCGCGGUGGCGGUGGGAGGAACCCUUUUGUCGAUGAGGAGGUUGGCUGGUGGACCGCCGGAGAUGGGCGAGAUUGGUGGUGCUCUCCUGGCAGGAGGGCGCAUGGUGCUGGUCAACCAGGUGAAGAGCGUGGGGAUUCAGAAGGAGACUGGGGGUAAGACCGGGGAGUUUGUGCUCGUCGGCAUUCGCGGAAUCCAGCCCUACGGCGUCCUUUACCGUGAGCUCUUCGGCAAGGUCAAACCCGAGCCCUACGGCGUCCUCUACCGUGAGCUCUUCGGCAAGGUCAAACCCGAGCCCUACGGCGUCCUCUACCGUGAGCUCUUCGGCAAGGUCAAACCCGAGCCCUACGGCGUUCUCUACCUUGAGCUCUUUGGCAUGGUUGAACUCGAGCCCUACGGCGACUUCGUCCUGGAACACCACGAGAGG